GGAUUAGAUAAUCUUGGAUAUUUUUACCCCUUAAUUAGCGACGCUCAAGAACCUCAAACAAGCACUUAAAUAUAUCCAGCCUUGGUUACAACUAGUCUUUUCCUCGGAGAAGUAAACCUCAAUAGCUUUUCGUCCAUGAUCAUUAUAAUAUAUUUCACUCCAUAGAAAUACUGAUCUUAGAAAGUCCUAGGCUGAUCUUAUUAUAUUUUUUAGAACCGUUUCCUUUUCGGCGAAGCGAGUGUCAAUAAGUUUUAGCUUUUCAUCUUUCGUGUCUUCUUUUUUCACGAUGUGCAAAGGAUAAACUCCUUAAUAACAACAACCGCUUCUAGUAUAGGAAUAGGCACAAUCAUCAUCAUAAUCAUCAUCAUCAUCAUCAUCAUCAUCAUCAAGAAGGAGCACUACGUACACGAGGAACAAGAUGAGUGCUGAAGCUUGGGGAAAAAUGCAAGCUGUGGCGGACGAACAUGGCGAUGUCCUCCUGCAAGUGUGGGAACAGAGUGAGGAACAAUCGAGAGCGGAAUGGUCAACUUUCCUCUGCAUGAUUCUUUCUUGGACCGGGAGCUGCGCUGCGACACUCGCGUUUAUCAUAGUAUUUGAGUUCUUGGGUUCGGGUUCGACCGGUGGUGCUGGCGAACCUUCGUCCUCCGUUUCUAGUCCGUUCAUAGUCCUGGCUGUUGGGAGCUUCGUCUGCAUAGCCGCUCUCGGAAAUUGGAUGUUCAUCGCACACAUGCAACAGAUCGGGAAAACGGUGUGGGGCCUCGGCGCGAGAUAUCUCUUCGUUCUACGCCCCGAGGAGAAUUGCUGUUCAUCUUGCGGGUGUUGCUGUGAGGGAAGUAGCGAUCAUAGAAGCUCCUCGCUGAGCGUUGAGCAGAUCACUUCAGUGGAGAUGGAACCCACCGUCUGGUCGUUCUGUUGCGGGGAACUUGAGGACGCAGUGGCGGUGUAUGUGCCUUUCGGUAGUUCGGUUGCUGAUCCUAUGCACCUGCGAAUUAGGGGAGCAGGCUUUGGCGACGAUGAUGGAGGCAGAAACCGCGCGCGCAUACCGCAUGGCAACAAAUUAAUGAUCCCCACCGCGAAUCCCCAGGCUGCUUUGAGGCAGCUCAGGGCAGCCAGGGAAGGACAGUCCGCGUCGAUGUUGGGAGGAGAGAUGUCUGGCGUGGUACAGGAUCACCACUAUAAUCCAGACUAUAAUCGUGCUGCAGCAGCGUCUGCCGCUCCUUGGCCACAAGCAGAGUACAUGUACAACUAUCCAAAGGGUGCAGGUGGGUACGACUACAAUCCAAAAGGUGCUGCAGGAGGCGGAGGACCGAUUGGAAAAUCAAACGGGGAAGGACCCUACAGGCCGCGGGCUCUGAAUGUGCCAAAGGGUAAAGGUUCGAAAGGAAGACAGCCCUCAGUCGCGCGAGCCGGACUUGAGCAGAAAGGCUGGUGGGGAAACGCGGUGUAGAUUGUGACCUCCCUUUAUUAUUUCAAUUGAGAUGAGCAAGGACUCCUGCUCUUGAGAUGAGUGGGUGAAAAGGAUAAUGUUCUUUUUCUCUCAUUAUAUUAUAAUCUUAGGCCAAUCAAGGUAGUCACUUCGUUCUCAACAUAACUUAGUAGGGCAUAUUAGCGAAAACGCGCGUUGAUCUGUCCAGAAAACCUAAACCGAGAAGAUGGUCCAUCUAUAAUUAGACUCUCGACGCCGCAGGAAGGUACUUGCGUUGGGGCACUGUGCUGCUUCAAUCCGUAGCAAAAGUAGACGGAGGUUGGCUCUUCCC